AUGGGGAAGAAAAAGAAGCAAAUAGGAGAAACAAGUGAAGAGAAUGGGAAUCAUGAUAAAAGUCCAAAUGUGUAUGAUAAUGAUACUAUAGUGUUUAUAUCUAUGGCUCAAGAGUUGAAGGAAGAAGGUAACAAGAUGUUUCAGAAGAGAGAUCUUCAGGGAGCUAUGGUAAAGUAUGAGAAAGCGCUCAGGUUGCUUCCGAGUAAUCAUAUAGAUGUGUCGUAUGUGCGUAGCAAUAUGGCUGCGUGUUAUAUGCAGAUGGGGCUUGGUGAGUACCCUAGGGCGAUUAAUGAAUGCAAUUUGGCUCUUGAGGUUACUCCGAAAUAUAGUAAAGCUUUGUUGAAGAGAGCGAGGUGUUAUGAGGCUUUGAAUAGACUUGAUUUGGCGUUGAGAGAUGUUAGCGCUGUUUUGGUGAUGGAGCCGAAUAAUAUCAUGGCGGUGGAGAUCUCGGAUAAGGUGAAAAGUGCGCUUGAAGAUAGAGGAUUGAGAGUAAAUGAUGCGCAAAUUGAGUUGCCUCCAGAUUAUGUUGAACCUUCUUUUGUUGUCUCUUCUAAAAAGGUAGUGAAAGAAAAGAAACACAAGAAAAAGAGCAAAAAAGAGAAGGUGACAGCUUCCAAUGAAAUCGUAGAAAAUCAAGCUGAGGAGAAAUUUAAAGAGAAGGAAGAUGUGGUCAAUGUUGCAGCACAUAAGGCUGAGGAAAAUCAUCAAGAAGAGAAAAAAGAGGGUGAUAAAUCUAAAAAGAAGGCGGUCAAGGAAAAGAUUGAUAAGCAGAAAGAUAAUGUUAAGGAGGUCAAUGAAGAAAAAAGUAAUGGUAUAAAUGAAGCUGUACCUAAGAAAACUGUGAAACUUGUUUUUGGCGAUGAUAUAAGGUGGGCUCAAUUGCCAGUUAAUUGCAGCCUCUUUCAGCUAAGAGAAGUUAUUUGUGACCGGUUCCCAGGCCUAGGGGCAGUUCUUGUCAAAUAUAGGGAUCUAGAAGGUGAUUUGAUCACAAUCACUAGUGAUGAAGAAUUGAAGUUGGCUGAAACAGGAUCACAGAGUUCCAUCCGACUGUAUAUAGUAGAAGCUAAUCCUAAUCACGAUCCAUUCUACGACAAACUUCAGGUGAAGGAUGUUGAAAUUGAUAAUGCUCCUAAGAAUGACUGGGUGGUGAAAUUAAACGAAAUUAUUAGCCCAUCUUGUGUUGAAGAUUGGAUCAUUCAAUUUGCACAACUGUUCAAGAAUCAUGUUGGAUUUGAAUCCGACAGAUACUUAGAUUUUCAUGACCUUGGGAUGAAGCUCUAUUCGGAGGCUGUGGAGGAUACGGUUACAAGCGAGGAAGCGCAAGGCCUAUUUGACAUGGCAGGAGGUAAAUUCCAAGAGAUGACGGCUCUAGCAUUGUUCAAUUGGGGAAAUGUGCAUAUGUCCAGGGCAAGGAAGAAAGUAUAUUUAACUGAAGAUUCUUCUAAAGAGCACAUGCGUGAACAAAUCAAAAGUUCAUAUGAAUGGGCGCAAAAAGAAUAUUCCAAAGCUGGAGAAAAAUUUGAAGCAGCCAUUAAAAUAAAGUCAGAUUUUUAUGAAGGCUUACUUGCUCUAGGUCAGCAACGGUUCGAGCAAGCAAAACUUUCUUGGUAUUAUGCACUCAGUAGUAAUGUAGAUUUAGCAACAUGGCCCUCCACAGAGGUUCUUCACCUAUACAACAGUGCUGAGGAGAAUAUGGAGAAAGGAAUGCUGAUGUGGGAAGAAUCACAAGAGCAGGAAACGAGCGAAACCUCCAAUAUUGAAUUGAACAGGCUAUUUAAAAAUAUGUCAUCAGAUGAAACUGCUGCACUGGCGGCAAACAUGAGGUCUCAGAUAAAUCUCUUGUGGGGGACCAUGCUAUAUGAACGGUCGAUUGUAGAAUUCAAAUUAGGGCUACCUAUAUGGCAUGAAUCUUUGGAAGUUGCAAUCGAGAAGUUUGAACAUGCAGGAGCUUCUCCAACAGAUACAGCUGUAAUGCUGAAAAACCACUGUUCAAAUAACACUGCCGUAGAUGGUCUAGGUUUCAAAAUUGAUGAAAUAGUACAGGCAUGGAAUGAGAUGUAUGAAGCUAAAAAGUUGCAGAAAGGAGUUCCGUCCUUUCGUUUGGAAGCAAUGUUCAGAAGACGAGCGUCAAAAAUUUAUCAUGCCUUUGAGCUUGUAUGA